UCCGCUUUUGUAUGAUAUGGCCUGAGGGCGACGACGAAGCCUUGUACAUACUUUGCUUACGCUUGGGUUUCCCUCAGGCACUCUCCGCACGCUUCCGUAGUCCAGGCAUGCUCGAUGCGUCUGCGACAGUCCCACCAUGACCAGCGAGACCCCCGCCGAUCCCCCUAAGCUUCAGUCUAAAAACACAGAAAGCGCAGUAUCACCGAACAAACCUAAAGCGGAGCUCGAAUAUGACGAUUUUGGUCUGCCAAUAAGGAAGCCGCGGGCGAGGACGCCAGUGGAGGAGAGCUCAGACUCGGAGGAGGGGGAGUUUGAGGAUGCGGUAGCUUCCAAGACAGCGAGCCAAGUCAAGAUUGCUCUGCCAGAGACGGAUAUACGAAUAGACGAUGAGAAGAAGAGUAUAGAAGCGCCUCCAGACGCCGAAGUAGAGAAAGCCAAGGGGGGAGGCGAUGCGAAACCGCAAGUUAAUGGACACAUGAAGGGGCCAGAGGAGAAGGUGGAGCAGAAAGAAAACACCGAAACGCCUCCAGUAGAACCAGCACAAAUUGCUUCCGAAGACACACCGCAGCCUGAAACUGUGGACAAGCGAAGGAAUCUGGAGCCACAGCCUGCCCACCGACACCAAACGAGCAUGAUAACUGUGUCCGAGUACUCGCACCAACAUGCAGUUUUACAACCCCAGAACGACGAACAAGACGAGAAAGACGAAGACGACGGUGAUUGGCAGACUAUGCCAGCAUACGCUCAAUACGACAUGUACGACGAUGACAAUAGGCUUAUUGCGAAAGAAAACGCGGCAGAGCUGGAAGAUAUGAGCGGCUAUGCCAAUGUCGGAGGUGCUGCCAAAGGCUAUACUAGGGUCAUAAUGGAUGAUGAUGCUGAUUCUCAAACAAGUAUGGACGACAACACUGCCUAUCUCUUCAAGGAGAAAAGCAACGCGCUGCACGACGACGACGAAGAAGUCCGGGAUCCGCUCAUGCAGAUGCAGACUACUAAAAAUCUCCUUACCGAAGGACAGCGUGUCGCAUAUGUCGGACUGGUCCGGUUGGCUAUGGUUGAGAUGGAGAACAAGUACUCUAGGAUCGAGAGAAGUAACAAGAAAGUUAAAAAGGCGUUAGACAUGCAUACAGAAGCAACAAAGAUGUGGUCUCAGAAGAUAAUGGUCAGGGUAUACGGGCAUAUGGACAUCAAUGCGUCCGAGCAAAUUAUGAUCGAGCAAUUGUCGGACCAUGGCGUAGUCGCAGCAGAUCUCACUCCAGCUUUGAUGGCGAACGCUCGAGUGAAGAAUCCGGCGGCAGAAGAGGUGGUCUCACUGAAUGAAUCCGACUCAGCAAGACCUUCCAUAUCUUCACCACGCCCUGGAUCGCCAGCGGAGAAGGGCAUGUUUACUAAGUCAGCAUCAACACUGGAUCUGCCCGACUAUGUAAAGUCCCCGCCACCUCCACCAUACGAAGAGCAUCAGGGAUUCGAGUAUCCAGAAGUUAAAACACCGUCACAACUUCCAACCAGCAAGAACCUGGACAUUGACCUCCGCUGGACCGUCUUGUGCGAUCUCUUUUUGGUGCUGAUCGCAGACGCAAUUUAUGAUUCGCGCUCAAGAGAGCUCUUCGAACAGGUCGGAAAGUAUCUCAGCGUGGACUGGCUGGAAAUUUGCCGUUUCGAGAAACGUGUAACAGACGCGUUGGAAAUGCAAGAACAGGCGGACAAGGAGAACUGGAACGAAGAGGAUCAUAUGGUCAGCCGCGCCAAGAGAGCACGUAAUAAACGUCUGGCGUUUAUGGGUCUCGCUACUGUUGGGGGUGGUCUGGUCAUUGGCUUGUCUGCAGGUUUACUUGCUCCUCUUAUUGGAGCUGGUCUUGCUGCGGGAUUCACAACCAUCGGUGUAGCCGGGACUAGCAGUUUCCUUGCAGGUGCUGGAGGUGCCGCUAUCAUCACUUCCACAGGCGUCGUCACCGGUAGUACCGUCGGGGUCAGAGCGGCGAAUAGGCGAACAGGAACCGUCAAGACAUUCGAAUAUCGACCUUUGCACAACAACAAGAGAACACACCUCAUCAUUACUCUUGCAGGGUGGAUGAACGGUAAAGUGGAUGAUGUGCGAUUACCGUACAGCACGGUAGAUCCAAUCAUGGGCGACAUAUACUCCGUGCUUUGGGAGCCUGAGAUGCUAAGGAGUAUGGGUGACACUAUCAACAUUCUAGCUACUGAGGCCCUUACGCAAGGUCUGCAACAAGUCCUGGGAAGCACUAUCUUGACAGCGCUCAUGGCAGCCAUGACUCUCCCUCUUGCUCUGACGAAGCUGUCCUACCUCAUUGACAACCCAUGGAUCGUUUCACAAGCUCGAGCAGAUAUGGCCGGACGUAUCCUUGCCGACUCACUGAUCGACCGUAAUCUAGGCACACGACCUGUGACCCUAGUUGGGUUUUCACUAGGCUCAAGAGUCAUCUUCUCGUGCUUGAAAGAGCUUUCCAGUCGGGGUGCUUUCGGUGUGAUACAAAAUGUGUACAUGUUUGGCACGCCAGUCGUGGCCAAGAACGAUGAAUACAUAAAAGUCAGGUCCAUCGUUCCUGGAAGAUUUGUUAAUGGGUAUGCCACCAAUGACUGGAUCUUAGGCUACCUCUUCCGUGCAACGAGUGGCGGAGUAAUGCGCGUAGCAGGCCUUGCACCCGUCCAAGUUCCCACUAUCGAAAACGUCAACGUCACCGAACUUGUGCCCGGCCACAUGGCCUACCGUGCCGCAAUGCCCAAGCUUCUCCGCGAAGUCGGCUGGAUCGUUGAAUCAGACGAAUUCGCGGAGAUCGAAGACCCUGACCCGGAUAACCAUGAAAUGCGCCAGCGCGAACUUAUCAACGAGAUUGAGGAGGCGCGAAAAGAAUUGGAGAAAAAAGCAGCCGAAAAGGAGAAGAGAGGUAGCAAAUUAUCUUGGUGGAAAAAGAAAAAGGGCGACAAGAAGGAGUGGGAGGUUUACGAUGAAAAGUCCUUGGCAGAGCAGCAUAAGACUAUUGACAAGGAUGCGGAUCCGGCGAAGAUUGCGGAGAAUCCGAUCAUGUUCGACAUUGACGCUAUCCGAAGAGAGGUCGCUGCCCUGGCCGUCGAGAGCAAAGAAUAUAACGCCGAGGCGGAGUUUGAGAUCAAGGAGAUUAAGAGUACGCUACCGCCAAUGAAAAUCGACAUCAGCACCGCGCCGCAGACAAGUCCACGCACGAAUCUUAGAGAGACGAAGAGCUACAACGACAGCCUAGGGCAGGCGACAUUGGACGCGAAGGCGAACGGUACAAGUAAUUUGUCGGCCACCAACGGAAAGAAUACACCGAGCGGACCCAAUGGCCAAGGGAGGAAUGUCUUUGAGGAGUAUGAUGAAUUUGAUGACCCGGGUGCAGAACGCAUCGAGAUGACCUUCGACUCCUCGUUCCGUGACCCGCCGACACCCGCACCGUCCACGUCCAAAUCCCCACGACCUGUCCACGACACGCCAGAGGGCCUAUCAACGCCAUGGGAGUCACCAUCAGCUAAACCCCGGUGGAACCCGGAUACACAGCCGACCUGGGAUGACCCAUCACCUGCAGACCGGCCGCCGUUGAAGACAUCCAAGACGGAACCGAGCGGAGCGACCAUUAACCCGGGGUACAAUGCCUGGGCCGAUGAAUUUGAUGAUGAUUUUGGGACGGAAAAGGAGGUCAAGAUGAGCUUCAUGUAAACUCUUUUUGGUGUAUAUACCACCAUGCGGACAAAUGGCGUUUCAAUGGUUUGUAGGACUGUGCGCAUAUUGCAUAGACUUCGAGUUUGUUGUUGCAUAGUAAGCGCCGCAUUCUUGGGGGUUGGUUUGGUGUUGGUUGGGUCUCCUUUUUUUUUUAACGUUUUGUGGACUCUGAGCUGUUGGAUGCUCUCUCCAUUACACUUUUGCAUACCUGGUGUUUGUAUUUAUGGUGCGUAGGAUAAACUAUCUCUAGUAAAUAAACACAUUAAAUACUCUCG